AUGACGUCAUUCUCCUAUCAAGCCGCCAUUAAGUUGAUGGUCAUCAUGAUUUUGGUCAUACUUGGAAUUAUCCUAGAUUUAGGCGGUGGACCAACGCACGAUCGCAUUGGGUUACGAUAUUGGCGAGAUCCUGGUCCGUUUGUCCAGUUUCACGGGGUACUCGGACCGGUUGGCAGAUUUCUGGGAGUUUGGACAGUGUUUAUUCAAGCAGCUUACAGCUACCAGGGGGUUGAGUCGGUAGCUAUCAUAGCUGGUGAAGCUGAGAACCCUCGCAAGACCAUACCUAAGGCCAUCAAGAGAGUUUUCUUUAGGAUCUUAAUAUUUUACAUCGGUGGAGUUACUGUCGCCGGACUGCUGGUCCCUUCCAAUUCUCCCCGAUUAGCCUCUGUCAAAGGUCAUGGAACUAGCCAGGCUUCCCCCUUUGUCAUUGCAAUUAACAAUGGGGGUAUUUCUAUUUUACCUGAUAUCGUCAAUGCGGUAAUAUUGCUUGCCGCUUAUUCGACUGGUAACACGGGUUUGUACUGCGGUAGUCGAAUCCUCCAUGGGCUGGCAUGUCGGGGGAUGGCACCUUCUGUGUUCAGCAAAUGUACUAAAUCAGGCCUACCUAUCUUUGCGCUCAUCCCACCAGCGGCUGGUGGACUCCUGGCGUUUUUGAGGCUCAACAACAGUGGUGCAACCGUCUUUCACUGGCUCACUAGAAUGUCUGCCGUGACCGGACUGGUUACUUGGCUGUCUGUCUUGGUGUCAUACCUCCAUUUUUAUCAAGGAAUGAAGUACCAUGGUAUUGACCGGAACAAGAUACCCUACAAAUCGCCUUUUCAACCAUACCUUUCAUACUUCGGCUUAUGCAUGAUAGUCUUGGUAAUCCUGUUCAGCGGAUUUGAAGUUUUCCUUCAGGGUAAUUGGUCAACCUCCAACUUCAUCACGAACUAUAUCACAAUCGUAAUAUACCUUUUGUUGUUCCUUUAUUGGAAACUCACAAAGCGCUGCAAGUUUGUAAGCCUCCCCGAGAUGGAUCUGGUAGGCAGUACGAAGGAGCUCGAUCAUAUGGACGCAUACUAUAAAUCACGUGAGAAAUUGCCCAGAACGUGGCUGAAAAAAACUUGGGAAUGGGUUUGUGAUGCUUUUUCUAAUGGAAGCAAUAAACCAACGGUGACUGGAACUAACUAUUUUCGACUGGUACAUUCCGAAUAUUUUUUUAGCUGCUCUAAAAUCGAAUAA